UGAGCCCUUCAUUUUCCCGAUCAGCUCAGGAGGGGAAAUAGUGAAACCCCCAAAUCCGCUUCCUUACGUGGUUGCUAAAAGGGCACAUGCAGAGCCUAGGGGGUGGGGAAAUUACAAGUGCAAGUGACUUUGGGUAUACUAAGGUUAGUGAUUUCCCCCACCCCCGUUAUCUGGGGAUAACGGAAUCGUAGGUUGUAAGUUUCAGUGUCUAAUGAGUUGCGGGGGGCGCACAUCACUCGUAAAGUCCUUGUCAGGCGCGCCCCAAGUUUGUGGCUCGGGCGCGGACGGCUGGGCCGAGCGGGGGUGGGGAGGGUCUCCAGUCCCAGGCAUUGCGCUCGGGGCUUCUGCUCAGUUUCCUGCCUUGGAGUGGCCGCGUCCGCCCCAGCCCAGAGCAGUGUGUGCAAUCCAGAAACUCGAUAGGAGGCAGCAGCUGAUCACCCACCGCCCUAAAAAUAAUCCGCUCGGCGCCCGGCGCGCUUCGGCCGGGGGAAGGAAAGCGCUGGCUUCGGGGAGUUCUGCGUCCGGCUUUGAAAUUUAUACUUAAAGACAGAGUAGGAAGCUGGUGUUUUGAAGGUAAAGCAAGUGCACCAGUGGGGGUUUGAAGCAACGUCAAGCCAUUGCCCAAGAGUGAACUAUAUAAGAAGAAAUGAGCCUUUCAUUCUGCGGUAACAACAUUUCUUCCUAUAAUAUCUAUGAUGGUGUGUUACAAAAUCCCUGCUUUGUGGAUGCCCUCAACCUGGUUCCUCAUGUCUUCCUGCUGUUUAUCACUUUCCCAAUAUUGUUUAUUGGGUGGGGGAGUCAAAGCUCGAAGGUACAAAUUCAUCACAACACAUGGCUUCAUUUUCCUGGACACAACCUGAGAUGGAUCCUUACAUUUGCCCUCCUGUUUGUGCAUGUUUGUGAAAUAGCGGAAGGCAUUGUUUCAGAUUCACGGCGGGAGUCGAGGCACCUCCACCUCUUCAUGCCUGCGGUGAUGGGAUUUGUUGCUACCACCACAUCCAUAGUAUAUUAUCAUAAUAUUGAAACAUCAAAUUUUCCUAAGUUACUUUUAGCCUUAUUCCUGUAUUGGGUAAUGGCCUUUAUCACAAAAACCAUAAAGCUGGUCAAAUAUUGGCAGUCUGGUUGGGGAAUAUCAGACCUGCGUUUCUGCAUCACAGGCAUAAUGGUCAUUUUGAAUGGACUCUUGAUGGCUGUGGAGAUCAAUGUCAUUCGGGUCAGAAGAUAUGUGUUCUUCGUGAAUCCGCAGAAAGUAAAGCCCCCUGAAGACCUCCAGGAUCUGGGUGUGAGGUUUCUCCAACCGUUCGUGAAUUUACUGUCAAAAGCAACCUACUGGUGGAUGAAUACACUCAUCAUAUCCGCUCAUAAAAAGCCUAUUGAUCUGAAAGCAAUUGGAAAAUUACCAAUAGCAAUGAGAGCAGUAACAAACUAUGUCUGUUUGAAAGAUGCAUAUGAAGAACAAAAGAAAAAAGUGGCAGAUGACCCAAAUCGGACUCCAUCUAUAUGGCUGGCAAUGUACAGAGCUUUCGGGCGACCAAUUCUACUUAGUAGCACGUUUCGUUAUCUUGCUGACUUACUGGGUUUUGCCGGACCUCUCUGUAUUUCUGGAAUAGUUCAGCGUGUAAAUGAAACCCAGAAUGAAACAAAUAACCCAACAGGAGCUUCAGAAAUCCUCUCAUCAAAGGAGUUUCUUGAAAAUGCUUAUGUUCUAGCAGUUCUUCUGUUCUUGGCUCUUAUUCUGCAAAGGACAUUUUUGCAGGCUUCCUACUAUGUGACCAUUGAGACUGGCAUUAACCUCCGUGGAGCCUUGCUGGCCAUGAUAUAUAAUAAAAUCCUUCGGCUUUCUACAUCUAAUUUAUCCAUGGGUGAGAUGACCCUGGGUCAGAUCAAUAACUUGGUCGCCAUUGAAACCAAUCAGCUCAUGUGGUUCUUGUUUCUGUGUCCCAAUCUAUGGGCCAUGCCUGUUCAGAUCAUCAUGGGAGUGAUUCUUCUCUACAACUUGCUCGGGUCCAGCGCGUUGGUUGGUGCCGCCGUCAUUGUGCUCCUCGCGCCAAUGCAAUACUUCAUCGCUACAAAGUUGGCAGAAGCUCAGAAGAGCACUCUUGAUUAUUCCACGGAGAGACUGAAGAAAACAAAUGAAAUACUGAAAGGCAUCAAACUUCUGAAACUGUACGCCUGGGAGCACAUCUUUUGCAAGAGUGUGGAAGAGACAAGAAUGAAAGAACUCUCCAGUCUCAAAACCUUUGCUCUUUAUACAUCACUCUCCAUCUUCAUGAACGCGGCAAUUCCCAUAGCAGCUGUUCUUGCUACGUUUGUGACCCACGCGUACGCCAGCGGGAACAACCUCAAGCCCGCAGAGGCCUUUGCUUCGCUGUCUCUCUUCCACAUCCUGGUCACCCCUCUCUUCCUGCUGUCCACCGUGGUCAGGUUUGCAGUCAAAGCCAUCAUCAGUGUUCAAAAGCUGAAUGAAUUUCUCUUGAGUGAUGAGAUUGGUGAGGACAGCUGGCGAACUGGAGAAGGUACUCUUCCGUUUGAAUCCUGUAAGAAGCACACUGGAGUCCAGCCAAAAACUAUAAACAGGAAGCAGCCUGGAAGAUAUCACCUGGAAAACUACGAACAAUCAACACGACGUCUGCGUCCCAUGGAGACGGAGGAUAUCGCAAUAAAGGUCACAAAUGGGUACUUUUCAUGGGGCAGUGGUUUAGCAACCUUAUCCAAUAUCGAUAUUCGAAUUCCAACAGGUCAGUUAACCAUGAUUGUGGGCCAAGUGGGAUGUGGGAAGUCUUCUCUUCUCCUCGCCAUCCUCGGAGAGAUGCAGACCUUGGAAGGAAAAGUUCACUGGAGCAAUGUAAAUGAAUCUGAACCUUCUUUUGAAGCGACCAGAAGUAGGAACAGGUAUUCUGUGGCUUAUGCAGCUCAAAAGCCUUGGCUAUUAAAUGCUACGGUAGAAGAAAAUAUUACCUUUGGAAGUCCUUUCAACAAGCAAAGGUACAAAGCAGUCACAGACGCAUGUUCUCUUCAACCAGAUAUCGACUUACUACCAUUUGGAGACCAAACUGAAAUUGGAGAGAGGGGCAUCAAUCUGAGUGGAGGUCAGAGGCAAAGAAUCUGUGUGGCCCGAGCUCUCUAUCAAAAUACCAACAUUGUCUUCCUGGAUGAUCCAUUUUCUGCCUUGGACAUUCACUUGAGUGAUCACCUAAUGCAGGAAGGAAUUUUGAAAUUUCUCCAAGAUGACAAGAGGACACUUGUUCUUGUGACUCACAAAUUACAAUAUCUAACACAUGCUGACUGGAUCAUAGCCAUGAAAGAUGGAAGUGUUCUAAGAGAAGGGACUUUGAAGGAUAUUCAGACCAAAGAUGUAGAGCUGUACGAACAUUGGAAAACACUAAUGAAUCGGCAGGAUCAAGAACUAGAAAAGGAUAUGGAAGCUGACCAAACAACUUUAGAGAGGAAAACACUCCGAAGAGCCAUGUAUUCAAGAGAGGCCAAAGCCCAACUGGAGGAUGAAGACGAAGAGGAAGAAGAGGAGGAAGAUGAGGAUGAUAACAUGUCCACGGUAAUGAGGCUGAGGACUAAAAUGCCAUGGAAGACCUGUUGGCGGUAUCUCACUUCUGGAGGAUUCUUCUUGCUCUUCCUGAUGAUUUUCUCUAAGCUUCUGAAACAUUCCGUCAUUGUAGCGAUAGACUACUGGCUGGCCACGUGGACCUCAGAGUAUAGUAUAACCAGUACUGGAAAAACUGAUCAGACCUACUAUGUGGCUGGAUUUAGCAUACUUUGUGGAGCAGGUAUUUUCCUCUGCCUUGUUACAUCUCUCACUGUGGAAUGGAUGGGUCUCACAGCUGCUAAAAAUCUUCACCACAAUCUCCUUAAUAAAAUAAUUCUUGGACCAAUAAGAUUCUUUGAUACCACACCACUGGGACUGAUUCUCAAUCGCUUUUCAGCUGAUACAAAUAUCAUUGAUCAGCAUAUCCCGCCAACUUUGGAAUCUCUAACUCGGUCAACACUGCUCUGUGUGUCUGCAAUUGGCAUGAUUUCUUAUGCCACCCCUGUGUUCCUAGUUGCACUAGUGCCUCUUGGGGUCGCCUUUUAUUUUAUCCAGAAAUACUUCCGAGUGGCCUCUAAGGACCUCCAGGAACUUGAUGACAGUACCCAGCUCCCUCUGCUUUGCCACUUCUCAGAAACUGCUGAAGGACUCACUACCAUUCGGGCAUUUAGGCAUGAGACCAGAUUUAAGCAACGAAUGCUGGAACUGACAGACACGAACAACAUUGCCUACUUAUUCCUCUCAGCUGCCAACAGAUGGCUGGAGGUCAGAACGGAUUAUCUGGGAGCUUGCAUUGUCCUCACUGCAUCUAUUGCAUCCAUUAGUGGGUCUUCCAAUUCUGGAUUGGUGGGCUUAGGUCUUCUGUAUGCACUUACGAUAACCAAUUAUUUGAAUUGGGUUGUGAGGAACUUGGCCGAUGUGGAGGUCCAGAUGGGCGCAGUGAAGAAAGUGAACAGCUUCCUGACUAUGGAGUCUGAGAACUAUGAAGGCACCAUGGAUCCUUCUCAAGUUCCAGAACAUUGGCCUCAGGAGGGGGAGAUCAAGAUUCAUGAUCUGUGUGUCAGAUAUGAAAAUAACCUAAAGCCUGUUCUUAAGCAUGUAAAGGCUUACAUCAAACCUGGGCAGAAGGUGGGCAUAUGUGGUCGCACUGGCAGUGGGAAGUCAUCAUUGUCUUUGGCUUUCUUCAGAAUGGUGGAUAUAUUUGAUGGAAAGAUUGUCAUUGAUGGGAUAGACAUUUCCAAACUGCCACUGCACACACUACGUUCUAGGCUUUCAAUCAUUCUGCAGGAUCCCAUACUCUUCAGCGGUUCUAUUCGAUUUAAUUUAGAUCCAGAAUGCAAAUGCACAGAUGACAGACUCUGGGAAGCUCUUGAAAUUGCUCAGUUGAAGAACAUGGUCAAAUCCCUACCAGGAGGUCUAGAUGCAGUUGUCACUGAAGGUGGGGAGAAUUUUAGCGUUGGACAGAGACAGCUGUUCUGCCUUGCCAGGGCCUUUGUCCGCAAAAGCAGUAUUCUCAUCAUGGAUGAAGCAACGGCUUCCAUCGACAUGGCCACGGAAAACAUUUUGCAGAAAGUGGUCAUGACAGCUUUUGCAGAUCGCACCGUUGUUACAAUAGCUCAUCGGGUUCACACUAUUCUGACGGCAGACCUAGUUAUUGUGAUGAAGCGAGGAAAUAUUUUAGAAUAUGACACUCCAGAAAGCCUCUUGGCCCGGGAAGAUGGAGUAUUCGCUUCUUUUGUUCGUGCAGACAUGUGACGGAAUGUCUUAAAACCAUGCUUGUAUUUAAAACAAUGCUCUCAUAACCUACUUAAUGGAUCAUCAGGUUGGCCUUUGGAAAGUGGCAUCUUAAACUUUUACACACUUUUGUGAAGUUUAAUUGUUAUGUUGUGGAAUUUGUAAUUAGUAACAAUAUCACUGUACCAGUGAAUAUUGCAUUUUCUAUGAUGUUUCUUCUUCCUGUUUUCUUUGUUUUGCUUUGUUUUCUAAUCUGUGACUGCUUAUUAUGUUUAUUACUGAUGUUUUUCUAAAGAUUAAGCUACAGAAUAACAGAUUGUAUUCAAACAAGUAAGCUACUCUAAGUGGUAAAUCAACUAUUCUGCUUAAGUCUGGAAAAUAUCUCUCAAGCAUAGAAGUUACAAUUAGCAUUCAGUAUUAUUUUACUCUUAUUUGUAAGAAUAUAUUUCCUUUUUGUUGGUGUUUCCAGAUAUUAUUGGAAGAAAUUAAAAGGAGGACAGGUUUUCUAAUCAGUUAGAAAAUGAAACACUCAAAUUCAUUAUUUACUGUCUGAGAAUAUGUUCUGUAUUCAUCAACAUUAAUAAUACUGACAUUUCUUAUAGAAGCCUCUUUUUUUUCAUCUAAAUUGUUUCUGGUCACCAAGACUAGAAGUUAUUAUUACAUUUAUAAUAACUCUGUAAAUCUAAAACCUUAAAAUGAUCUUUCAUAAGAGUUUGAAAUUUUGACAAAUUAUACCCAAGGUUCCAUUUUUCCUUAUCUAGUAAGAGAAGAGUUCUUAAGAUAUCGAGCAUAAUGUGCUUUUCCAGACUGAAGUUCAAAAAGUAAUAAGGCUCAACCCUUCAGUGACAGGUCACUACAGCUUUCCAUGGUUUAAUUAAUCAUUAGAUGUGUUUAUAAUCAUCAAGCCCUAAAAUUCCACAUUAUUCAAGACUGGAGAGCAUAAAUAAGCAAGUGGCCUUAUUUUCACAGGAUAUAUCUAUACAAACAUACAUACAUACAUAUAUAAACAUAGGUAGACAUACACAUAUAUGUAAAACAUGUGUCCAUUUCUAGGUGGAAGAAUGCCUAUUUCUUGUAAACAGUUAUGCCCAGUGGUGUAACACAGGUAUAUAUUUGCUCCUGCUGUAAUUUUAAUGUACAUGUAAAGACUAUAUCAAAAUUUUAUUCUGAUUUUAAUGUGCAUAUUCAAGGUGCAUCAAAAUUUAUGGGAUAUUAGUGUCAUGCUUUCUUAAAUGUAAAUUAAUAAAUUGAAAAAACACUAAAAGUUACUUUCACUGUCAUGCUAGCAGCCAAAGAUUUAUACUGCAGUUUUGUACAUUUGAUACAUUUGUAUCAAUAUUGAUUUUCACAUGAGGGUCCAUGUGCAUUGUAAGGUUUGAAGAAUUAUAACUGAUGGAAAAAGAGAAUGUAAGCUCCCUUUCUAUAGUUCCUGUGUUCAGUUUAUUGUAUUGUGUAUUCAUGCUUGGAAAAUUUGUAUACUUACUCAUACAGAACUUAUGCCUGGGCCUUCACCUGAAUUUAGAGUCUUGAUGUCUACCUAAAAUAAGUUUCACAAGGAUGGACAAAAGUGUUCUAUGUUACUUAGUACAAACUGUCAACUCGUUGGAUAUAUAAAACUUCAUUAGGAGAAAAAUCCUCUUAAUUCUUCCCUGAAAGUUAAACAGAACAGAAUCAAUAACUGUUGAUUUGAUCUUCAAAAUAUUUUCUAAAUGUUCCACCAAUCUACUCAAAGUGUUUCUAGCAUGCAGAUGCUUUGUAAGGUUGAAUUUCUACGAUGUUUUUAACCAAGUUAUAUAUUCCGGUAUCACAGAGAAAGGGCUUCCCAGGUGGUAAUAGUGGUAAAGAACCUACCUGCCUAGGCAGGAGACUUAAGAGAUGCAGGUUCAACCCCUGGGUUGGGAAGAUCCCCUGGAGGAGGGCAUGGCAAGCCACUCCAGUGUUCUUACCUGGAGAAUCCCAUGGACAGAGGAGCCUGGUGGGCCAUGAUCUAUCAGGUCACAAAGAGUCGGACAUGACUGAAGCUUCUUAGCACCCACACACAACAAGAGAAAUGAGGAUUUACCCACUGAAAUAAUCCCUCAUGAUAUCUGUAAAUAUUCUACUGCUAUCCAGGCAGUGUCAGCAGAAGCAUCUCUAAUUACGCUAAACAGAAAAUCACAUUUACCAUUUUUACAACUCAGUAGUCACUGGUUUCCUCAUAACUUGCAGUCACUUCAGUGUUUAAUUGUUUACAAAACUAAAUUGACUGAAUAAAGUCAAGGAUGAUCUCUUAA